AUGUCCACAGGUCUCCAGCAAGACAAGAUCGAGGCAGAAGCCCAACACCUACUCAAUGGCUCCGGCACAGCCAUCAACGCCUGGUCGUCUCCAGGACCCAGUGCCUUCGACUUUCGAAGCGACACAAUCACCACCCCCACCACCCGCAUGCUCUCCGCCAUAGCAGCCACGACCCUCGCCGACGACGUCUUCCAAGAAGACCCCACGACCAACAACUUCGAGUCCUUCAUCAGCGACCUCACAGGCAAAGACGCCGCCCUCUUCGUCAUGUCCGGCACCAUGGGCAACCAGGUCGCGAUCCGCACACACCUCCAAGGCCCCCCGCACAGCAUCGUCGCCGACCACAGGAGCCAUAUCCUCGAGUACGAGGCGGGCGGCGCGGCGGUCCUCAGCGGCGCGAUGACGAGGCCGAUCGUGCCGGGCAAUGGGCGGUAUAUCACUCUCGAGGAAAUUCAGGAAAAGUGCGAUUUGAGGAGCGAUAUCCACGGUUGUCCUACCAAGCUUAUAAGUCUGGAGAAUACGCUGGCCGGGGUGGUGAUGCCGCUGGACGAAUGCCGGCGGAUCAAAGACUGGGCUACAGCCAACGGGAUCCUGGUGCACUUGGACGGCGCGCGUCUCUGGGAAGUCGUGGCGGCUGGGGCGGGGAGUCUGCGAGACUACUGUGCGUGCUUCGAUUCGAUCUCGCUGUGUUUCUCCAAAGGCCUCGGGGCGCCGAUCGGGAGUAUGGUGGUGGGCAAGAGAGAGUUCCGCGAACGAGCGCGGUGGAUACGGAAGAUGCUGGGCGGCGGGACGAGGCAGUUGGGGGUGUUGACGGCCGCCGCGAGGGUGGCGGUGGAGGAUCAGUUCCUGGGCGGGGUUUUGAAGGCAAGUCAUGAGCGGGCGAGGAAGGUUGCGCGCGUGUGGGAGAGGUAUGGUGGCCAGACGACGAAUCCUGUCGAGACGAAUAUGGUGUGGUUUGAUCUCCAGGCUGCGGGGAUUUCGGCGGACAGGUUUAUUGAGGAGGGGGAGAAGGCUGGGUUGAGGCUGAGGGGGGGACGGUUGGUGGUGCAUUAUCAGAUUGGGGAGGAGGCGGUUAGGAGGGUUGAGAAGUUGGCACAGGCUGUAUUGCAGGGGAAGGAGUUGAAUGGAUCGGUAGAGCAUCCGCCGAAGAAGAUGAAGAUGACGACGGAUUGA